UCACUUCAUCCGUUUGCACGGCCCCACAGAAGUCAACAAAAUGUCCCUCUUCACUCACCCUCUCGGUUGGCACUAGGACAUACAUAUUCCAAACUUUUCACAGUCCCAUCGAUCUCACCCUCACCACGCGAAGACUCAACGGCAAGAUCCUAGCCAUGGAGCGUCCAACAACUCCAACCCCAACCUCAGCGUCCGGCGACUCUGCUACGCCUAGCACGCCUGGCGGCAACGCUACACCCGGCGGUAGCACCACUAUGCGCGUCCAGCGCCACACUCCCAAUCCCUCUACGCCAGGCGGCCACCACCGGCGCAUAGCUUCCAUUCCCCGCACGCCUGGGUCCAGCACACUUCUAUGCUCUUCGUCUCCAGAUGCCUUCGCGCAGGUCACCGUGCAUACAUCGAAGUGUUCUGAGUGCGACUUGCGCAACAAGGGAACCAUGCUGCGGUGCCCUGGAUGCACGUUCCAGAUUUGCAAGCCAUGCCAGGACAAAAGGGAGAAGGGGGGAAGGAGUAUGGCGCAUGGCAAUAUGUUGACUCCGCAGGUCGCUACGCCCGGAUCGGGUGGGAGCGUGAUGAGAAAGAGGCCGGCUUCAGCAGUAAACAGCGCGGAGAAGCAGCAUGAAACCGAUGCAGCGAAAAGCGUUGGUGAGGAGGGAAGCGCACAGGCAGAAAAAGAAAAGCUUGAGGAGACGAAGGAGAAGAAGCGUGCGACGAAGCCAACACCCAAAUCAAAGCUCAAGUCGAAACGUAUGAUCAAGCAAGCGGUUCUUUUGGAGGGCUCGAUUGACGACUCGUCAGACGACGAUUUUGCGCCAGAUCCUGCGUCGCCAACGGCCAACAAGCGACGCCGAACUGAGCUUACCUCGAAGACAGACGGCACCUCCGAUAUCCCCUCGCCUGUCCUCACGCCCGCUGGCAUUCCCUCACCUUUUCUUACGCCCACCGGCAAGGCCAAGGACUCCACGAGGCAGCCUAGCCUUGGCGACUCCACGCUUACUGGUAAGUCCCACCGCAACAUGACCACAGACGAGCUACUGGCACUCCACGGUGUAAACACACCCACGAACCCGUACAAGUCUCAUUUCUUGAGCCGAGACGAACCUGUGGUCUCUAAUCCAGUCAUCAGGAUGCCAGAGGUGGUGAAGCGAGGGUUCAAGCCGCGACCAACUGCUAAGGAGAUCCAGAAGAACAUACAGGAUACAGUGAGGGAAAAACUGGGUCUGCCCAAGUUGGACGGACCGUAGUGGGUGACAGAACGACAAGUGAAAGGAGGUCAGACGGUGAGCGAAGACUAGAAAGAUGCCUGGGGGACGGUCGUUCACUGCAUGUCCAAGACAGGGAUUCUCGGCCCUACAAGCGCAUUGGACUCGAUGGGUCAGGAUUGGUGGCGAUCAUGUACUACGCGGCUCAACGGUCUUCGAGUUCCAUUAGCUUGUGCAGCUCAGGGAGCCGCACAGGCCUAGAUGUCAUCAGCAUGAAGUACCUCGUAUUGUUUGACUUCCUUGUUGGGAAAAACAGGUGAUCAGACAAGUUUAUCGGUGUAGCAUUGUACCUGGUGGUGCGACAGACUCCUGCCCAUGCGAGACUACGACAAAGG